UUUCGAAUUACAGUGAAGAAAACAGUGCCGUGCGAUGCCAAAAUAUUACUGCGAUUAUUGCGACACGUACCUCACGCACGAUUCGCCGAGUGUUCGCAAAACGCACUGCACCGGCCGGAAGCACAAGGACAAUGUGAAAUUCUACUACCAAAAAUGGAUGGAAGAACAGGCGCAGCAUCUGAUCGACGCGACGACCGCUGCGUACAAGGCUGGAAAGAUUGCCCAGAAUCCGUUCACGACUGGGCCACCGAAGCCGAACAUUAACAUCCCCCCGCCGACGAUGAACAUGCCGCCCCGGCCCGGCAUCAUCCCCGGUAUGCCUACCGGUGCUCCGCCACUGCUGAUGGGACCCAACGGGCCACUUCCGCCACCGAUGAUGGGAAUGCGUCCACCGCCGAUGAUGGUACCGACAAUGGGAAUGCCUCCGAUGGGCCUUGGUAUGCGCCCACCGGUGAUGAGUGGGGCGCCACCGCAGCUUAACACGAAAAGUUAAAAUGCACUCACCUUCGUUUCAAUAUCACCUAAGCUUAAGAACGGUACUUGAAAUUUAAAAAAAAACCUAAAUAUACGUCGUAAUAUCGGAUCUGGCCGA